UAAGAGCAGGUGCAGAGAGAGCUUUGUCAUAACAACCGUUACCAAGGUAAAGUGGGGAUCUAUCGGAGCCUUUUAGAAAGUCUUUUAAACCCGUUGCUGCUAAAGCCAGGGAAACAUUACUGUGUUGUUGCUGUGAGGCACCGGAGGACCGCCAUGACUCUGAACCAGAACCACUCGGAGUCCGGCGGAGUGAUCAUCAACAACAGUGAGAGUGUGUUGAUGAACCACGACAACGUUGAGCUGGUGUUUUGUGACGCUGACAGUCUACCUGAAGCCUUCAGAAAGAGCAAAAAGGGCAGUAUUUACUUAACACCGUACAGGGUGAUCUUCUUGGCUAAAGGGCGGGACGCGCUGCAGUCCUUCAUGAUGCCCUUCUACCUGAUGAAGAGCUGUGAGAUCAAGCAGCCUGUCCUGGGGGCCAACUACAUCAAGGGCGCAGUCGGUGCAGAGCCUGGAGGUGGCUGGGAGGGCAGCGCUGCGUUCAAGCUCAUCUUUGCCGCCGGAGGAGCCAUCGAGUUUGGCCAGUGCAUGCUGCAGGUCGCAGCCGCAGCAUCCAAAGGACAACCUGUGACUUCUGGAUUUGGAGGCUGCCCCUACAUGGCUAACGGCGCCUACGCUUACCCUCCUCCCCCUGCUAAUGGCAUGUACCCUCAAGGACCUCCCCCGGGCUACUCCUACCCCACCCCCCCUGCAGGUGGAUUCUACCCCACCCCCCCGGCGUUCGAUGCGUCUGCGAGCUACGUCCCUCCACCUCCUUAUUCAGCUCCUCUGGGUCAGCAGCCGCCUCACGACCCGGACCUGCCCUCCUCCGCAGCAGCGGAGGCCAAAGCAGCCGAGGCAGCAGCAAGCGCCAGUUGUGCCACUCUGCCUCCUACACCCGUGUAUCUGCCGCAGGACAAACCUCCUCCCUACUCGCCCCCAGAAGACAAGAAGAAUCAGUAAAGCUGCUUGAUGUCC